CUUUUUGUCAGGGAUCCAUAUGCCAUUGUCAUUUGCCCUCUUUUGGGUGCUGCUUGUCAGUCAACUCCUCUGCUCCAUCGCACACGGUUACUUGUUGGAACCACAAGGCGCACUCUUGCGACCCAAACGGUGGUCACUUACAGAGAUCCAUCGAUGUGGACCAAUCAAGGGAUACAGUUGUAUGGAUCACGAAACCUGUCGAAGGCGAUAUCUGCGCAAAGACAUGGUCUGCUUAGAGGUCUAUCCUUGCUUGAGCUCAUGCAUCUUUGCCGCUCAGUUGCUCGACUUGGAACGGUUAAAAUCCCAAGUACAUAGACUCAUGUUCGAGGGCAUCCCGGUUAAUACACAUGAAGACCCCAUUGGAUACAUUCGAAAUAUUACCAGAACAAAGUUGAGCAGUACCGUUUUGCUGGAGGAACAAGAAUGA